AUGCGUGUUGAUACUGCCUCAAAAAUGCAGCGAAUUGAUGCACAGGUGCUUAUUCCAGGACGUGGUUCUCCAAUCACCAAUGGCACACUCAUCUUUUGCGAGAAGAAGAUCACCUUUGUAGGCGAGAAAAGCAAACUACCGACCAAAUAUCAAGAGAUAUCUCCAAUCGAAGUUCCUAUCCUCAUGCCCGGCUUAUGGGAUUGUCAUGUGCAUCUCUGUGGAUCGGCAAGAUACAGUUUAGGUGAUGUCGCUUCGACUCAUAUGGUCGUCGCUGGCGCUCGCUGUGCUCGAGAAGUCGUUGCGAUGCUCAAUGCAGGGUUUACCUCUGUCAGAGAACUGGCAAGCUAUGGUGUCCAACUCGCUACAGUAAUCGAUGAGGGUUGGCUGCCUGGCCCAAACAUAUAUUCGUCAGUGAGCAUACUAAGCACUACAUCUGGUCAUGGUAAUGUCCGUGGAAUUCCUCUUGAUGUCUUAUGGCGCAAGAUAGAGAAUGGUACUCCAUUAUACCUAUGCGAUGGUGUCAACGAAUGCAUUAAGGGCGUACGAGUUCAAAUUCGCAAAGGAGCCAAAGUUAUUAAACUCGCUGCUAGCGGGGGUAUUGUAAGAGAGGGGGAUGAUGUUUUUGCACAACAAUUCAGCGACAAGGAAUUGGCUGCCAUCGUUGACGAGGCAAGCCGGAAUAACCUUCUUGUUGCAGCCCAUUGUCAUGCCAACAAGGCCAUUCUGGCUGCAAUAAAGGCUGGUUGUCGGACAAUUGAGCACGCGACACUUAUAGAAGAUGAUGCAAUCCAACUGAUGGUUGAGAAAGACGUGCUAUUAAUUGCGACACGCGGUAUUGUUAAAUUUGGGGCUGAACAACCCGAAAUGUGAUCACCAGAGCAGUACGCGAACAUUGUAAGAUCAACAAGCAACACGCAGAAGGAUACCGCAAGGCUGUAAAGGCAGGUGUUCGUAUAGCUAUUGGUACCGAUAUGCUUUUGAAUUCCUUCAAGCUGCCAUGGGGCUACGGGAUGAAUGGCGUGGAGUUGAAAUCCGCGGUUGAAGCUGGAAUGACACCACUACAAGCCAUCGAGGCAGCAACGGCCAACGGACCUGCGAGUCUAGGUCCAAAGGCGGUGAAUUCGGGUUUGCUGAAAGAAGGAUUUGACGCAGAUUUCAUUGGGCUUGACAAAAAUCCCCUCGAAGACAUUGAAAUACUUGGCGAUGCAAAAAACAUAAUUCAUGUUUGGAAAGGGGGUAAAUUGUUCAAGACCAAUGGACAGCCAAUUGGUUUUCUGAAUUGA